UCACACACACACACACACACACACACACACACACACACACACACACACACACACACACACACACUUACUCGGUAGGAAAGGAAAGAGAAAGGAAAAAGCCGGGAGUGCAGCAGACUGAAGGGAACAGGGAAGAGGAAUGGGGCUGAACUAACAAGCCUGAGCGAACACACACACACACACACACACACACACACACACACACACAGAGCCAGGCAGUGAGGAGCUUCAGGCUGAGAGAGAGAGAGAGAGAGAGAGAGAGAGAGAGAGAGCGAGCGAGGCAGCAGCAGUGUGAGAAGAGACCAGAGCCGCCGUAACAGCAGCCGUCUGCAGGAGCCGCCGGGAGCUGCCUGACAGUCCUGGAUCAGGGUUUACAGGACAGUCUGACAGCCGGAUCGUCUCCUGCUGGAAAAGUGUCACAGUUUAUCUCCUAGAGCAUCUUGAUGGACCUGCUCCUCCAGCAGCUCUCUGUGCCAGAAUUCAGACUUUUUGAUCAAACCAGACAUCUGAAGAGCCUGCAGACCGUUUUAUGAUUUAUUUCUCACAGGGGGAGAAGUUUAAUGAUCUGGACUUUGCACAUCAUCUUCAGUUAAUUUAAUGUCUCCUGAUUUUGGAUUUUUGGAGGAAGGGAAGUUUAAUAAUCUGGAUUAAUCUGGAUACAUUCCUAUGAAUUAUUCCAGGAGCUGUAGUAGAUAGAGUUGUAUAGUCUAGUCUAUAGUUUUUUGAGAUUUGAGAUUUUAAAUGAUUUCAGUUCUUGCAAACCAGAGUUAAUCCUGAUCAUCACUUGAAAUUCAGCAGUUUUAUGAUGGGAAAGAGAAGUUAUCUGGACUGUGCCAAUGACCUGGACACCUGCUGACUCUCCUUCAGUUUAUAUGAGGAGCUGAUGAAGAGGUAAAUGGAAAAGGAAGUGGUUUUCAAGGACAAUCAACAACAGAUUACAAACAGUUUUAUCAUUUAUUCUGGACAAUGAAAUAAGCAAUUUAAUCCUGGUUUUCACUGGUGAUCGCUUCAAACGCCAACCAGACGACUGAAGGAUCCACAAGCAGUUUGUGAACAGAUCACUGGAAACCCUGUAGGCGACUGGAUUGCAGAGCGUCUUCUGCUUUUUACUUCAAUAGUAGUUUAACCCUUUGGAUCUCCAGCAUCCUGUGAGACUGCUCACAAAGCUGCCUGCUGAACACCACGGCUCCAACAGCCGGAGGACUUCAACUGUCUGCUGUAAAUUUGCUGACUACGAAAGAGGUAAUUUGCAAGAUUUGGCUCCUGAGAAGCUGCACAGACCGGCUCCAGGAGCCACUUAUAGGACUCGAUCUCCUUGUCAAACAUCAAGGACAUCUUUUUCCACUGUUCAACACUUUUUCAUACAUCAGAGCGGUUUUCUUCUGACACCAACAAAGAUUUUUUCUCUAUUCUGACAUCAUUUUUCUUGUUAGACGCUUAUAAACAGCAUUUUCCAGCAUUGCAGAGCUCCCGCUGAAGGAUAUUUCCAUUUUUCUUUUUCCAAUACAAAGACUUUUUUCCCUGUUGGAUAUGUUGAAGAUGGCUCUCUGUUAAUGAUUUUCAGGGACAUUUGCGCCUGAUUUCUGCGGCGUGCUGACUGCAAAAACUACAGCCACCACUGGGAGGUGACGUGAGGACAACAUCGCAAGGGAGUCUGCUGCGAGUGUGUGUGCAUGCUGGAGAGAGAGAGUGUGUGUGUGUGAAGCUGGAUGCAUCUGGUUGUGUAUUUGAGUGUGUGUACUCAGAUGCCUCACUGCACUGCUGACGGGCCCAGACACCCACAUCACACGGAGAGACGGCAACUCGGACACUUCUGAGUUAUUUCCUGUUGCUCAACAUUCGUUGACUCGCUGUGCGUAAAAUAAAUCAACCAGUCGGAUAUAAAAAAGGUUAAAACUCCAGCAUGAACAAACAAAAUUUCCAAAUAUUUCCUGCGGAGAAGCUGCGGAGCCAAGCUGGAGGGCAAACGAGUCGACUCGGUCUGGAACGUGUUGCUCUGAUUGGAUGAUUAUGGACCUCUCUUCUCUUUGGCUGUUUUCAUUUUUCUGAAAAAUUGGGGCUUUUUUUCCGGGGACACAGCAGGACUCCGGUCCUUUCAAAAAGUUUUUAUUGAGACCAGGCAAGCUGAGGAGAAACAGGCCUUUGAUGGUAUGGGCAUUUUUCAUGAUUGAAAGUCUUGGAUCUUGGAUUACAGCUGUGACCCCCACUGAAUGCAGAGCUUCAUGGGAGCUAUGAAGCCACUACUGCCCAAAGAAAAUGUGGUUCCUAACUGGUGUAGCAAGAUAUGCUGACGAUACAAUUCAUUAUUCAUCAAAUUCAUCAAGUUUACUUCAUGCAACAUGGGAAUUGAUAGACUGAUCUAUUAAGAGUCUCAUUUAAUAAGCUAUUAAGUAUUUAUUCCCCUUUCUCUUCUACUAUUUGCAAAAUAUAAAUAAACUUUUGUGAAUCUGGAGCUCUGCAGCUUCUGUCGUUAGUUGGACCACCUUUUAGCAGAUUAUUCUGCAACCCAUCAGGAGACCUCGGACACUUUUGUGCAGACAGCGACCACCCGCGGCCAUGCUCCCUGGAGGACUGGUGUCAGGUGGUGGUGGUCGCAGUGGCGGGCUGUGCCUGCUCCGGUGGCUGGGCCUCAGGCUGUGGUCCCGUCGGGGGACCCUGGUGUUCGCUUUGCUCUGGUUCGGCUCCUGGUUGUUCCUGAAUGGCCUGGUUCUGGUCCACAGGAGCAUCCUGUCUGACUACUGCACCGAUGACAAGAGCAAGCGGAUCCUGCAGAGACUGUGUCUGGAGUUCGGCGAGGGCUCGGUGACGGGGGACAUGUGUGAGGAUCUGUGUGUGCUCGGCCUGGUGGAGUACAAACGCUGCCUGUACUACGAGAAUGGGAAGAAGGUGAUCGAGGCGCGCUGGAGAGGAAACCCCGUCAUCCUCAAGUCCAAACUGGAGAAUUUCUCCUCCUACGAGCCACUGGGAAUACUGGACUACCAGGACACAGCCGAGGAGCUCUCCCCUCUCGAUGUGGUUUUCUACGCCACUCUGGAAGUGCGAAACUCUCUGGGCCUGGCUGAGGAAGACGAGGAUGAGGAAGGAGGAGGAGGAGGAGGAGGAGGAGGAGGAAAUAACAGCUAUCUGGCCAAACUUUGGGGGAAGAAGCUGAAAAACAGAGACAAGAGUUACUCCAGAGCGGAGCUGACCUCUCUGUGGUCCCUGCUGCAGCAAGAGGAGUACACCUUUCUCAGAGUGCUGCAGGACCUCAGCACCCACGUGGCCAAGGUGUUGGGCUCCUGCGGUCAUUUCUACGCCGUGGAGUACCUCUCUGCCGGACACGCCUGGGACCAGAACAUCUUCUCCCUGGAGGACGUGGCUGUUUCUGGGCUGCAGGGGGCGCAGGGGAGGUGGACCGCCAGGGAGAUGGUGCAUCACAUCGCGCUGAGUUUUCUGGACAUGGUGUGGCACUUUGACAACGACUUCACCCACAAACUGCACCUCUGCGAUAUCAAACCAGAGAACUUUGCCAUCAGGAAGGACCUGACGGUAGUCGCGAUUGACGUGGACAUGGCGUUCUUUGAGCCGAAGAUGAGGGACAUCCUCGACCAGAACUGCAGCAGCGACGACGACUGUAACUUCUUCGACUGCUCGUCCAGGUGUAACCUGAACAAACGCCGGUGCAGCCCCCGCCGCCGCAACAGCAACCUGCAGGUGAUUUGUGAGAAGAUCUUCAGGCCGUGGUUUUCUCCCACGCUGCUUGGGGCCAAAGCUGGGCUGCCACUGCAGGUGGAGCUGCAGCGAGCGGUGCAGGAGUGUUCAGAAACAGAAGGAGGUGCAGAGGAGGAUGGAGAUGGAGGAGGAGAGACAGGUCAGGGCAGGGGCGUCCAUCAGCGUCUCCUCAACAUCCUGACACGCCUCCUUCAGGAGGGAGGGGCUUCAGGGGAAGCAGGAGGGGCCUGGGAGGGGAAAGGCCACGUCCACACUGCACUGAACUUCUGAGGAUGUCAAAUCCCCAUAAAAGACUUUAUUUUUAUCAAAAGGUUCUUCUUGGGCAAGGUGACCCCUGCUGAAAUGCUCAACCUGGACUCUUCUCUUCCUCCUGGAGAAAACAUCCCUUUGGCACAUUUUUUAGGUCCAAGGAAGCAGAUUAAGGCACCAGGAGCCACCAAAUAUGGAGCCUUUCUGGGAGAUAUUCAAGAUUAUCAUCAUCAACAUUAACUACAUAGCCAAAAGUAUGUGGACACCUCUAUUCGUACUUUUGGCCUUUUUGUUCUAAUGAAGGGAAAUCUUAAUGCUGCAAAUGUCUGUUAGUAAUAUUUUAGACAUUGGUGUUCUUCCAACUUUGUGCCAGCAGUUUGUCUCUUUCCUGUUUCAUCAUGAUAGAAAUGAUUUUCCCAGUUUGGUGUGAAAGAACUUGCCCAUUGCACCUUUUGGAUGAACUGGAACGUAGACUGUGAGCUAGAGAUGAUCGUCAAAAUCAGUGUUGGACCUGACUGCCGCUCUUGUGUCCGAAUGGCAUCAAAUCCCUGCAGCAGGUUCAACAUCUAGAUUUUGUUGCCCCAAUUUCUGCUGUUUGUUGUCCAGGGAGUGUGUGAGUGUCUGCAGUGAGAGAGCUCAGCAAUGCCUUAAAUAUCUUCUCAUCAGAGGAGUAUAUUAUAGAUCCAGUGUACUUGGAUCCUCAUGUUUUUUUUCUUCCUUUACAGUUAGUCUCAGUGAGAUUUAAAAAACCUCAGUUGUUUGAAAUACAGAAAUAUAAAUGCUGCAGACAAGCUAUUACGGUGUAGUAACUAUUAGUCAGUCAGUUAAUGGGUAAAUAAAUGACCAGUGGCUUUCUUUAGGCUUUCAAGAGUAGGUGCAGUUUGGGUUUUUGAAAGUAGAAAACUAAUUUGAUUGAUUGGAUUUUCAACAGUUCAAACUACUUUGAACUUCUUCCACAUAAUAUACAGUAUCUGUAUUAUUACUUUAGCCUUAAUCCAUGAUGGUACAUAUAAAUCACUAACAUUUAUAGAGUGAUGCUGCAGGAAGCUCAACCAUUGACAGUAUAUGUAAUGGAUUUACGGGUCUGAAGUGAAUCUAACGCAGAAGUGUCUUAAACCUGCAUUCUAUGUUAAGGCCAGCAGGGGGAGCUCCAUUGGCUGUCAGUAAAUCAGAGAUAUCCAGAUGUCCAAAAACAUUUAGUUUCAAACUAGAAAUAAGUCAGAACUCCUUCACAGUUGUCCAUAUUUGUUAUUUUAAUAAUACACAUGAGGGAUUUCCCGAUCAAGGCAUUUUUUUACUGAUCAGUAUCUGUAUUGAACUUUAUGGAUCUGACCAAUGAGUGCAGAAUCAGAAUCAGAAUCGGGUUUAUUGCCGAGUAAGUUUUUACACGUAUCAGGAAUUUGUCUUGGUGCGUUGGUGCGUAAAAAUCACACAAAAAAUAAAGUACUUUUUAAAAUAUAAAUAAAUAAAUAAAGAUAAGGAUAAAGAUAGAAAGAUCCAAACUGGACAGCAUAUUUACAAUGUGCAGGAUAGAAAAACCAACGGGAGUGCAUUAAUGUAAUGCAUAUGUACAGGGUGGGUUUAAGAGUCAACUCUCUGUGUGCAGGGCCAAAAAGCCACUGUAAUCCACACAAAAGAUGUACAGACAACAAAUAAACACUCAACAAACACUGAAGAGAAACUCCCUCCAGACAGCGACGAGACCAAAAAGAUCACAGAUCCUUAAAAACAAAACAAAAAAGUUCAACAAUGCAGGCCAUUUUUCUCUAUUUAAUUGUGAAGCAUAUACAUUGGACUUUAAUGUACUUGAAGUGUGUACCCUGCAUCUGUAUUAUAGGAUUGAGAGUUGGUAUCAGCAGAUACUCAAUAUGAAGUAACUUGGUCAGGACAUCCCUAAUAAAAAUCAAUAAUCCUUUUUGUAUGUGUUUACAGUUGGGAGUCUGCACAGGGUGUUUUAUUUGUAAAAGUAAUAUCUAUGCCAUGUGGAGCAGAGCGGAGCUGUGUGUGCAGCCCUUCUGGUGGAAUCACAAGCAGAAAUCAGCUUAAAGAUGGCAACAUGGUAGAUCUAUCCUGAUUGCUUAUUUCUUUACCCAUUUCCUAACUUUCCUCCAAAUUUUGAUGAAACCCUGCAGACCAAACAAACUGUGACCACGAGCUUUAUUGUCUGCGAGUGAUCUGGACUGAAACAGGAAGGCUAUAAAGAAAGGUCACUGCCCACGUUGUAUGUUGUUUUAAUGUCUGCACGAUCUUACCUGCAGUGUACAGUAGAUGUGUAGCGACUAAAUGGUCUCUCCAGGACCAGGUUUCUGUAAAUAGACUAUAUAUAAGGUCAUGUUUGAGUUCAUAUGUAUAGUUGAGUUGAAUAAUAAAAUCUGUAAUGACGUUC